CAUAACCACCACUUUAAUAUCCUAAAACAACAACAAGCUUCGCAUCCUUCCAACAACAAUACCCAGAUCUUAUUCAUCAUGUUUUCAACACAACUCUCGACCAUGAUCGCUGUAGUAGCAUUGGGCUUCACAUCCCUCACGAACGCCGCCCCAACUCCGCAAAUAGGAGGACUCUCAAACUACAGCAACGGAGGACAAUUCGGGAACUCUCAACGCGGUGCCAACGGCUUCGGCGCCAAUGGGUAUAACAGUGGUUACAACGGCGGCCAGGCAGCAAACGAGGGCCAAUCAAGCUCUAACUCAUUCCAACAAUCAUCUGGCACAUCAACUCAAUCCUCUGGAGGAGCUAGCAACGCAUUCGGUUCCGGAGGCGCAUCCGGUUAUGGUGCCAAUGGCUUCGGCUCGAACGGUGCAAGUAACUUCGGCUCUGGGUACGGCAGUGGCUCUUCUGCAAUCGGCGGUGGCUUAGGAUAUGGCGGUGGCCUCGGUUAUGGCGGUGGCCUCGGCUAUGGUGGCGGGCUUGGCUACGGUGGUGGUGGUGGUUAUGGAGGAGGCCUCGGCUAUGGUGGAGGUCUAGGUGGAGGAUAUGGCGGCGGAUAUGGUGGUGGCUACGGUGGAGGAUAUGGUGGAGGACUUGGUGGAGGCUAUGGUGGAGGAUACGGUGGAGGUGGAGGUGGAGGAUUUGGCGGAGGCUACGGCGGCUAUUAGUCUGCAUUGCCCCUUCCCCUCCUUCUUUCUACUUCUUUCGACCGGUCUCUUUCUGGGCGUGCAUGGGUUUAUAGGGAGCACUUUAAUUUGGACAAACAAAGCAUCUUGUAGCAUAUUCAUUUUCAAUCCUCUUGAUCUCUUUUUUAAAUUUUUUGGAUUUUUAUUUUCUUAUUGGAAUCUCAGCAUCACUCCA